AUGAAUGUUAAUAUUUCCCAACCCCAGAAAGAGGAGACCGAUGAUGAUGAGGAGCAGGCUACUGAAAAGGCUGGUCUUCUCCACCCAGAGCCAUACCAAUUGCCUAGGGAGGAAUCUAGACAAAGAUUCAGUUAUUGUGUUCCGGUCCUCGUGUGUGUGAACAUAUGUCUGGUGGCUCUUUUGUUUGGUGCUAUACAUCUACUCCAAAGACAAUAUUCCUUCCAUACGGGGCCCAAUCCUCCAUAUUCUCCGUUGCGUGACGAUGGCGUCGUUCAGUAUGUCAACAUGAAAUAUGAGCCGGACCCUGAAUUUCAGUCCCCAAUUGUUGCGGGGAAAGAAGAUCCAUGGACAAGCUGGGCAUUAGAGAACGAUAAUGGAUUUAAGAUGGAUAUAGAGACAGCCAAGAAGCAUGGCUUGCCAGAGUCUGUGGAGCUAUACAAUGAUCCCGGGUAUCUUGUGUACGGAUUAGGGGUAUACCAUCAACUACAUUGUCUUAAUCGCCUUCGAAAAUCAUUUUAUCCGGAUGUUUUCUAUCCAAAUAUGUCUGCGGAGCAGGUUGAGAUACAUAAGAAUCAUUGCUUUGAUGCCAUUCGCCAGGCUAUUUUGUGUCAUGGUGACAUCUCGUUAAUCUACUGGUGGGAUCCCAACUAUACGUAUAUUGACGAUGACGGCACAGAGCGGUAUACGGAGGACUACCUACAUAUGACCCCUAUGGAACGGCAGGUGAGACUUCAUGCUUCAUGGAGCUCUGAGGUUCAAUGUCGUGAUAUGGAUGCGAUUAACUCAUGGGUGAAGGAACGUAUGGUUGAUCCUGACAAGUAUGGAGGCAGGGAAGCGGAUUGA